CUUAUGACUUACAAGCCAGAUCAAUUGUCGUUGUUUUGUAAAGUUUUAUUGCUUACAGUUAAAUUUUGUCACAAAUAUGUGUCUGUAAACAUUGAACGCCGAUACUGUGUUUAUUUAUAUCUGAUUAUAUCAAUAUUGAAAAUAUCAAAACAUCGACAACUUGUUCUUCAAAUUAAUCCGGAAUUUAUUAUAUUUAUUAUACCAUGAAAGCUUUAGUUCAACGCGUUACAAAAGCGUCGGUCGUGGUCAAUGGAGAAGUAAUCAGCAGUAUUGGUAAUGGAUUAUGUGUAUUAAUUGGAAUAAAAACUGAUGAUACUAUUGCUGAUGCUGAGUACAUUGCAGAAAAAUUACUGAAGCUGAAAGUUUUUGAUGGAGCUACUGGAAAGAGAUGGGCUUUAAAUGUCAUGGACAAAAAAUUCGAAAUCUUGUGUGUCAGUCAAUUCACUCUUUAUCAUAUUUUGAAAGGAAAUAAAUUAGAUUUUCAUCGGGCUAUGCCUACUUCAGCUGCUGAGACAUUUUAUAAAAACUUCUUAGAAGAAUUGAAACGAAAAUAUAAACCUGAAUUUAUUAAAGAUGGUAAAUUCGGAGCUAUGAUGAACGUCCAGAUAGAAAAUGACGGGCCAGUUACUUUGGAAAUAGAAUCUCCAGUUAAAGAUAACGUUGAAUCUGUACCAAUAUAAAUUGAUAUUUAUCCACGAUUAAUAUUACUCGUUAUUACGUUUGUAAUCAUAAACUUCUGAUAUUUUCUAUUUUGUAAGAAUUUUUUUUACCAAAAAUAAAUAAUAAAUCGCUAUUUAAAAAUAA